AUGCAAUAUAAUAUUAAAAAAAAAAUUAUUUUUUUUUUUUCAUCAUCAUUUCUCUUAGGUAUUUGGCGUUUAAUUAUAGCUGCUAUAUCGAAAUUAGCAAUUCUCACAAAUGGUUUACUUAUUGCAUUAACAUCUGAUUUUGUACCUCGUCUUGUUUAUCAAUAUUCUCGAAGUCCAAAUCGAACAUUAGUUAACUAUGUAAAUUUUACAUUAUCAGCUUAUGAAAUUAAUCGUCUUUCAUCAUCAUUAAAUAAACUUAAUACAACUAGUAUUUAUUGUUUUUAUAAAGACCAUCGUACACCACCAUGGGAUUCUAAACCAUAUCAAACUAAUCAUGAUUAUUAUGUUAUUAUGGUUGCUCGUCUUGCUUUUCUUAUUGUAUUUGAGCAUAUUGUUUUUGUCUGUUUAAAAUUGGGUGAAGUAUUAAUGCCAUUAUUAUCAAAAAAUGUUAAACAACAAAUAGCAAGAAAAAAUUUUAUGGUACAAACUAUGCACUGGGGAGCACGUUUAUAUGAAAAAAAUCCUGAAUUAAUUGAACGUGAUAUGCAACGUAUUGUUGAUGUCAAUUCUCAACAUCGAUGUUCCAAUGGUGGUUAUGAACUUAUUUAUGAUGUUAAAAGAACAACUCGACAUCAACAACCAACAUCUAGAAAUAUAUCACAAGAUGACUAUCGACGACCAGGAUCAUUAAAAGAAAUGAAAGCAGAUUUAACACGUGCUCUUCAAACAAUUUUAUCAGAGGAUAUUAUUGAUUUAGGUAUUCGAUAA